AUGGGGCUGGCCAAGGUGGACAACAUCAAGGCGGACUUCGACAUCCCCAAGAACGACCUGACGGGCACGCUGGACUUCACCGUGUCGAAGAAACUGAAGGUAACCAGCUCCCGCGGCGCGAGAAAGAUUCGCGCGGUCUCCUUCCCGCUGGUUGAUCGGGAGGCGGAACGGAUCACAGUUGUGUUCCUCAUCCACGAUGUUCCUCUGGCUGCGGCGGAUCGACAAAGGCCAGAGCGCCCAGGGAGCGAAGACGGCUUGUCCAGGGACGUUUUGAACAUGGGGCAGACUCCAUACGAAUUGCUCCAAAGUGUGUGUGGGUGUGUGUGGGCGGGUGCUCUGCAUCUGCCAAUCUCACGCCGUGCGUGCGCGCCCGGGAAUCACUCGAUUGGUGGCUUUCGAUCGUGUGGGCCGUCGCGUGGGCUGAGGCAGCAUUUGUGUGCGGGUGGGGACGUCCCGAAGUUGAAGGGGAGGGUGGCGCUGAAGGACAAGUUGGUGAAGGCAGAGGUGGCUGGCCGGGGCUGGAGCAUGGCGUACGACAUUCCGAAGGAGAGCCUAACAGCAGUAACGACGGGCAAAAUCCAAGGUGCGGAUAUCAAGCUGACGCAGGUUGUUCCCAAACUGGACUGGAAUGUCGUCCCUUCGCCUGAGCUGGAGCUCUCCACCAAACUCAUCACACAGGAGGACUGGAAUGACCGGCUGAAGCUGAAGUACGACUUUCGAUCGCGCAAGGGGUCUCUAACAGAGAAGUUGUACAUGCACAAGAUCAACAAGGUCAUGAUUUCGAUUGACAACACCUCGAAACUGGACGGGGCCACCUAUCUCGCUCGCUCCAAGCUUGGCUACCCAUACUGCCACAGCAUUGGCAUGAGGUACUCCAAGGCUGGUGGGCCUGUGUUAAGGUACAAGGCCCGCCCUGUUCCCAGGCUGAAGGUGAAGACAGAGACUGCUCCAAAGCCGGAAACCUUCUUUGCAUCAGUUUUCUACAGGCCAGAGCUCACGCAAAGUGCGGAUGUGGGCUUAACCGUCACGAUGCCGUUUGGAGGCGCCAAAACGGAGAACAAGAAAACGAAAGCUGCAGUCGCCCUGAGAUGGAAAUUCUAA